AUGCGAUUUAACUCCGACAGUUUGGACCCCAAGGCGAGGUUUCGAUCAAACAGUCUGAAGGUGGGACGAAGAGAAUUGGAGAUGCUACAGCUAAACGUUCCCAGCCUUUUCCCCCGUCAGCACCUUAAACGAUCUGUGGCAUUGAGAGCUGUUGUUAGUCUUGGUGACCCCGCCAUCUCGUCUACGGCCAGUGGCGUGGAAUUAGUGUGA